GGGUGGAUAAGUGAGAUUGCAAUUAUUAUGCUAGUUAUUUUUAUUGUUGCGCAUAAAUACUGAAAGUGUGUUUUUUUUUUUCGUUUGAAAUUGUGCGACAAAGUUAUUGCAAACAUUUUAAGCUAAAAAAAAAAAAAAAAACAAAUGUGAAUCAAACAACAAAUCAUCAGCCAAGCUUAUCAACAUUUCUAAGGAAUAAUCCAUUUACGGAUGGAGAGCAGAAACACUAUUGGAAAUUCCAUAUUUUAAGCGCGCCCUUAUCAUCGUGACACACAACUCGAUAGAGUGGUGGAUUUGUUAGGCUUUAAACGUCAACAUUUCGUUAAUUUUGUAUUGAUAAGCCAUACUACAGCGAAGCGUAGCAAACGAGAAGAAUAUUUAAUGCACUAAUAAAAGUAACAAUGAGAGAUUACGUCUAAAUUAAAACAAAACAACGCUUUCAACGAUCGCUCGAAUAAUAAAUGAAAGGCACACACAAAAAAAAAAAAAGAAAACAAAUACUAACAAAUUUUUAUCACCAAAAAAUGGAAAAAAUCGUCACUUCCACGGAGCGCCUCGACGCAUCGAUCAGUUCCCAACACAACGACUACGGUAGCACAACGUUAAAAAAUCGCGCUUCACCCACAAAAGAUCAAACCACAUCGGCCGAAAUACACAUCACUACUAACAGAGGAGCUCUAGAUACGUACGACAAAAAUUACGAUCCCAACGAUAGUGACAAUUCAGUUGGGCAUGAUUAUAGCAGCAGCGUUGUAGUAAACACUAAAGAACUCGUCUACCAGAGCUUACCAGCUCCGAUCACUACUUAUACGUCAAGUCUCUUUGCUGCUGCCUGUAGUGCUUCCUCAACGUCACGCUUUCAAGCGCCACAUUCCGGUUACGCGCGUUACGGCUACAGCAGAAUGUCAACGUUUAUUGAUGAAACACCUGGACCUAAGAAGUCUGUAUGGCCCUCAACAACCCUGCAGCGCUUCGAAGUUAUCCUCUUUGUACUGAAUCAAAUGUGUAUCGGUUUUGUGACCAUAUUCAUGUCCUGGUUGUGUAUUACAAAUGGACUGCAAAACACGCCGCUUCAUGCGUGGCUGGUAACACUAGGUUACUCGCUACUGAUGGCCGAAGCCGUGAUGGUCCAUUACAACUCGAAUCCUUUAACAACGAACUUCAAACGUCAUGAAAAACAUACCAUACAUUGGGUGCUGCAAUUAGCAGGUGGCGGAUUGGGAAUGGGCGGUACGCUGUAUAAAUGCAUACAGAAGGGUUUUUUACUUCAGAGCACACAUGGAAAACUGGGUUUCGCCACAUUCAUCCUCUGCCUGGUAUCUUGGUUAAGCGGUUUGACUGCACUUUAUCAACUCAAACUUAAAUUCUUUGUCCGUCCUUUAUUCAAUCGAACAAUCCACAACUUGAUUGGGCUAGCCUGCUUCGUACUCGCGCUUAGCACUCAAUAUUAUGGCUAUCAGACGGGUUUCUUUAGAGCUCGGGUAACUUCAGAGAGUUUCCGUGACUGCAUGAAGACCAUUACCCUACUUUCAUUAGUACUGAGUAGUAUUGGACCCCUAAAGGCGUUGCUGCAGAAGGCUCGUACUAUUUUUAGAGACUUCUAAAUAAUUAUCAUUAUGAAUAAAUAUAAUAUUUAUAUUAUUUGUAACGAAUUUUUUUCAUAGCAUAGCGUAAUGGAGUUAUAUUCUAUGUAUGCACUAAAUGUGAUAUUGAAAAUACAUAUAAAAAUAUAUAUUAUUUUUGAAUUUUA